AUGCAAUUCUUUGUGAAGACCCUGACCGACAAGACCAUUAGCCUGGAGGUAGAGCCCAGUGACAUCAUCGAGAACGUGAAGGCCAAGAUCCAGGAGAAAGAGGGCAUCCCCCCUGACCAGCAGAGGUUCAUAUUUGCCGGCAAGCAGCUGGAAGAUGGCCACACUCUCUCUGAUUACAGCAUCCAGAAAGAGUCAACCCUGCACCUGGUCUCCUGUCUGAAGGGUGGCUAUUAA